AUGGCUUCCAUUAUCAGAUCCACGAGUUUGCCUUCCAGUCUUCGAUCUGAAGAAAUCGACAUCGAAGAACAGCUGCAGAGCCUCAAGGAAACCAUCUCUUCUGCUACCAUCGAGACAAUUGUUGAUGGUAUCAAGAGGCUUGGAGAAGUGUACAACAACAUUGAGCAGACAAUUUGCUCACCCAGUAGCCAGGCUAGCCUGUGCCGAUUACAACAGAGGAAAAUGGUAGAGCAAGAGGUUGAGCUCUCCCUUGUCUUGCUCGAUCUCUGCAACACCAUGCAAGAGAACUUUUCAGAGAUCAAGAUCAACAUCCAGGAGAUGCAGCUGGCUAUCAAGAGAGGAGAUGACUCGACCCUUCAAGCUAGGAUCCAAUCUUACGUCCGCUUGGCCAAGAAAGCGCAUAAACAGUUCAAGAAGAUCAGCAAGAAGCCUACUUCAGUUGAUCAGGACAGCUGCAGGGUGGUCAAGCAUUUGGCUGAAGCCAGGGAGAUUGCGAUCUCCAUGCUAGAAUCCUUGUCAUAUCUUCUAUCGAAACAAAUUGCCAUCUCAAGUUCCAGCAAAUGGUCCCUUGUCUCCAAGGCAAUCAAGAAAAGAAGAGUUGUUUGUAAGGAAAAAUUGCAAGAGACAGAGUUGGUCAUUGUAGAUCUUGAGAGCAUAGUCGAGACUUUGUUCAGGAAAUUGAUCCAGAGCAGAGUCUCUCUCCUCAACACUCUCAGUUUGUAG